AUGGCGAGAACUUGGGCAGACUUCCCACCGGAGUUGCUAGGACUAUGCUUGCAACACCUCUGUCUGAACGACUUGUUGGCGGUCCGAGCAGUGUGCCGCUCGUGGCGAUCCGCCGCGGUCGAAGAGAAGAGCAAUGUCCCGUGGUUGAUGCUCGCCGACAAGAAGGGUGCGCUGAGGCGCGAGUUUUUCUGCCUCUCAUGUCAGCAGGUUCACAACAAGCUCCUGCCUCAAGCGAGGGCGAGGAGGUGCUUCUCUUCGCGAGGUUGGGUGUUGACGGUCGGCAGAGAUUGGAAACUCCACAUGCUGAAGAAUCCCAUGUCGCGUCACCGCCAUGUAAUCGAGCUUCCCAAUUUGAAGAAGUCCUCCGGCAUUGAAGUUGAACAUUUGCGCAUGCAUCAUCACACCUAUGGUGACUUCAUCGCUUAG